AUGAGCUCGUAUCUAGCGUCAUUCAAAUCCUCAUCCUCCAUCUCCAAUGCUCUGGGGUCCAGACUCAACAGCCUCCGCCGGGCCAUCACACUAGGCGACGAAGGAGACGACCCGGAGAACGAGGACUGCUCGCACAUCUCCAACGCCCUUCGAGCAUACUACACAGAAAAGGGGCGACCAUUCCCUGGCUGGCUCCCUCCCGACCCCAAGGCCCCGCCCUCCGCUGCACCUCGCCCCAUCGCAACCGCCUCCUCCGGACAAUACGGGCAAGCCCCCGCCGGUGCCUACGGCCGGGGUGGCGGUCUAGGUGACCUUUGGGGUGACUCGGGUGCACCUUCACCAGGAAGUGCGCAAACUGCCAGUCUCCGUCGUGGCCGUGGUAGCGCCGCGAGUGGUGCAAGCGGUUCGGGCCUGACACCUGCCCAGAGUGCCCCGCCAGGCCCUGUCAUGUCGCCCCCGCCUCAGCUCGCGCACUCGCAAUCUCACUCUCCUUCGUCAGGUGGUCUGCACCCUUCGGGUGCUCGCCCGCUACCUAGCCAGCGUUCGGGAUCGUAUCAGUCGACACAGUCUGGGCGGUCUAGUCAGGAUAGUAGAUCCGGGGCUGGCUCGGCACAGGAACGGCUGCGGGCAAGGUUGCAUGGUGGACGAUCCCCCAGUCCAGGGAAUAUCGAUCCGAGCGUUCGCAAGCCGGUGGGAGGAUCGGGACGGCAAUGGUAG